AUGCCUACACGGAGACUAAUCAAUCUGUGGGUUGCAGAAGCCCUGAUACCAUCUGAAUCAUCAAAUGAAAGAGAGAAUGAGGAAACAUUAGAGGAUGUUGCAUAUCGGUACUUGACAAUGUUGGCAGAAAGGUAUUUGGUUCAAGUGGAGAAAAGAAGUUCAACUGGAAGGAUUAAAAGUUGCCGCAUGCAUGAUCUUAUACGAGAACUAUGUUUGACAAAGGCUGGGCAGAAUGAUUUCUUCCAAAUCAUAGAACUUCGUGACAGUAACAGGAAAAUGGAGUUGUUCUCUUCGCCAAUGAUUAACAGACCAAAUUCAACACGUAGGAUCCGCAGAAUUUCUAUUUAUUUCAAAAAUUUUAGCGGGUUUAUCUCUUUGGGAACUGAAGAAUGUCCUCCAGUUAGGUCUGCAUUGGGAUUCAGCAACAUCCAGAGUGCAAUAGGUCAGGAGCUUAUUGAAUCCAUAGUCAGCAGGUUCAAGUAUCUUAGAGUCCUAGAUCUUGAAGAGAUUCGAGGAUUCGCAAUACCGAAAGGAAUAGGGAAUUUGAUCCAUUUAAGGCUUUUGACUGUAAAUUCUGCUUGGACAGGUGUGCUUUCAUCAUCUAUAGGCAACUGGAGAUUCUUGUUGGCCCUAUACAUAGAUCCAAAAAAUUCGGCAGAACUAAUUCCAGAUGUGAUUUGGAAGAUGAAAAGAUUGAGGCAUUUGUAUCUUCCAAUGAAAUAUGGUAAGCGUACCAAGAAGUUACGGUUUGCUAAUCUCAAUGACCUGCAGACCUUAAAAAACUUUCCAGCAGGGAUAGCAGAUGUGAAGGAUCUGACCACAUUGCCCAAUCUCAGAAAAUUAGUAAUACAAAUACCUGAUGACAGCAAGCUUGAUGAGUUCAUGGCAAUCUUCCAACCACCAUUCACAUUUAACUAUCUAAGAUCGUUGUCAGUAGAUAUUCGGAUGAAUGCUACAAAUAUAGAUGCGGUAAAAAUCAGAUCAUGCUGUCCUCGCCUCGAGAAGAUGAAACGAAAUGGAACGCAAAUCUACAAAAGGCACUAG